AUGCGGGUCAAGCUUGCCUUUCUCGCUGCAAUUUUUUGCAACAACCUCGGCCAAGGUUUUGCCUGGUCAGUGGACAGUAAAUCAUGCGGCCCCAUCACUAGCAACAUCGAAAAGGCUAUGGAGAACUUGAUGAAGUGGCCAGCAGCGGUGGAGAAGUCUCUGAUCAAGGACAAGAGGAUCAAUGAUAUGGCCGCCAGUCUAUUCAACGCGGUUGACUAUGCCAAAGUCAAAGAGACAAUCAAGAAGGUCGGGGCUCAAAGCCAAAAGACUACACCAGGCUCGGGCGAUCGCGAGGACCCCAUCAUCUACUGUGACUUGGACCGCUAUAUAGUUAUAUCCGACAAGAAAGAUCCGAAAAAGUUACAAGCGCUCGACACGAUACAUAAUUAUCCUAUCCCGUAUGAAGUUUAUGAGGAAUGCGAGAAACGCACCAAAGACACAACGGCUUAUACCACACCCAAGACCAACGCGAAAGGGAAGGGGCAAACUGUCAUCCAGCUCUGUCCUUGGUAUCUGAAAGAGGUGGGCCAGACGCCUUUCCUCAACAAGAAUGGUGAGCCACAGAACAACAAGCUACACAACGCUGCCGACAUUUUGUACCAGAGCAGGGGUCUCUCCGUCCAUGUUGACAAUUUUGCACGUCUUGAGCUUACGCUUUUCCACGAGUUUGUUCACACGCCCAAAGUCAAGUAUCCUCCUAUUGGCGACAGCGGGACGUAUUGGGGCUCAUGCACCAGGCUCACGGAAGCCCAAGCUCUCGACAAUGCGGAAUCAUAUGCAAUGCUUAGUCUGGCGACGUAUCUGAUGAGCACACUGGGAGCAACCAUCAAGCCCGACGGUACAAUUGAGUGGGAACAGGACGAGUUGUCUGCGGGACAGAAGCGAUCUGAAGUGGUGGGCCAGCAAUUCACGGCUUAG